AUGAUUGAAUUAAGCAACGUGUUCCAACAGGUUGAAGACAAUUCAAUCGAAUUAUGGAAAUUUAACAUGUAUGCUUUGGUAGUUGAGUACAACAAGAAACCCGUGGCUCCAGUCCCACUGUCCGUAUUUCAAGCAGUGGUCGAAUUCUGUCAAUUUCUGGUCCGACUAUGCAAUCGCAGUCCCGGUGUGGCUCAUGGAGUCAAACAAAUCGCGAACAAGACCACAGACAUUCAGAGCACCAUCACAAUGGGAUGCGCACAACUCGGGGACGAUCUAAUCACAGAAUCCGAUGAGAGCGCAAAGGAAAAUCAGAACGAUGAGGGAGCUCAGCUGUUUCAGUUUGUCGGGAAACGAAACUCACGACAACUCAGCAAUGCGGUUGACCUGACCCAUGUAUCUACCGAUGCACCGGGAAAGUCUGAUUUUAUGCUAAAAAUGGGCAAAUUAGCUGCAAUUGAUGACGAUGACGAAGACAUGCGAAUUGCACGGCAAUUUGAGACCAAUUGCAAACGGAACUUUUUGCGCAAGUCGAAACAAGUAAAGGAAAUGACUAUUGACGCGGGAAUAUCGUCCAUAAAGUCUAGAAUUGAAAAACUUCAGGCCGAGGUUAUCAGCGUCGCGGAUCGGCUGGAAAUUGCUUUACGAGAAGCCCAAACAUCUUUUGACAGUACCACCCCCUCAACGCCAAAGAAAAUAUCAAAAGUUGUUCCGAUAUCGGAAGGUGUCACAGAAACAGGUGAACAGCAACCGUUGCCAAUGGAACCGCAUUCGCAUUUCAGUCAUGUGACCCAUCGCGGUCCACGGCCCCGCUUCCCCCCAUCUAACCCAAAUCCAACAAUCGAAACCGUAGGGCUUCCUUUUCAUACAUCCCCGUUAGCAGCUCAUUUGGACCCCUUCGAUCAGGCAGUGAACUCGUUUAACAGCGAAAUGAGCACCUGGUACGACCAUUCGAAAUCCACAGAUCGCCCUUGA